AUGCGUCUUUCUUUGCCUGUGGCAGGACUCUGCUCGCUGUUAUUAUAUCUUCUCCCUGCCAUUACCUUUGCUGCACCCCAUCAACAGAGAGGCUACCAAUCAUCCUUAGCUUCUACUGUGUUUCAGCUCGAACAAAAUGGAACCUGGUUCGAGAAUCUUGCCGCCCAGCGGAAUGGCAGCCUUCUCGCGACGAGAAUGGAUGUGCCUGAGCUUUGGUCAAUCAAUCCGAGCAAAAACAUCAGCCGUAAAAGCUGUGGCUCUGUCCUCUUCAGGUUUCCAAAUGCCACUAGCGUUCUAGGCAUAACAGAAAUCGACAAGGAUGUAUUUGCUGUUAUUGCUGGCAAUGUAUCCCUUCCAAGCGUCACUCCUACGCCCGGAUCGUUUGUUAUCUGGACCAUCGACCUCACUAGUGCAGAACCCAAAGCCAAAAUCCUAGCGCCUAUGCCUGCCGGACAGUUUCUGGAUGGCAUGUCCAAGUUUAACGACAACCUCCUCUUAAUUUCAGACACCGCGAAGGGAGUUGUCUGGCGUCUGGAUAUCACAACAGGAAAUUAUUCGGAGGCCUUGCGUGACCCAAUUAUGCUCCCAGCUGCUGGACAACCUAUCGCUGUUGGCGUAAACGGAAUUAACGUGCUAGGCGACAACGUCUACUUUACGAGCACUACCCAAGAAGUAUUCGCUCGUGUGCAGGUUGACGAGAAUGCUGCAGCUGUGGGGCCAAUACAGCAGCUUGUCAGUGGUUUUACUUUCGAUGGGUUUGCACUGGCAGAAGAUGGGACGGCCUACCUUUCCACAAAUCCUCAAAAUGAGUUGAUCAAAGUAACGCCAGAGGGCCGUGUUCACAUGGUUGCCGGAGGUCAAUUCAGAAUCACAAUUGGGGGGUCAACCGCUGUUACAACAAAUAACGAUCUUUCUCUUCUCUACGUUACAACCAGUGGGGCACAGUUUGCGCCGAUUCUGGGAGAGACAACGGAGCCUGCAAAGGUUGUGGCCAUCAGGCUAUAG